UGUAUAAUGUUUCCAGAAAUUGUACAAUAAUAGUGUUUAUAAAGUUUUUUAGUGUAGUAUUUGUGAAGCCGAGUUUGUGCGUAGACAAUAUGUGCUUGUGAUUUAUUUGAAAAUAUAUUUUAUAUAUUCUCAUCGCCGAAAACAAAUUGAAAUAAUGGCAAACAACGGGCUGGAGCGGAUCGUAUGGAUCUGUGAAGUGAAAACAAAAAUUUUCUUUGAAAAUAAUACUGUAAAAAUAUAUGAAAGUUACAUAUUUGUAAAACAUUAUGAAACAAAUUCUGAUAAUUCUGUGUUGGGCGACUUUAUCAAUAGCACAGGAUCUUACAUUGGACAAUAUAAAUGAACUGAUAUCACCUUUAGAUGAUGAUGAUGAUGCGAGAAGAAGGAAGCACCACUUAUUGUUUGGAGGUCUGAAAGGUCUUAGCAAAUUUCUUUCAAUAAAGCUAAAAGUGCUUUUAGCAUUAGCAUCAAUAGCUAUAAUUGUCGUGGUAGUAAUUAAAGGACUGGGUGCGUUCAAAUUGCUUGGAUUGGGUUCCUGUCCGGAACCAGUUAUAUUGACACACGAAACUCCAACUUUUUAUAGCAGUGAGCCCCAUCACCAUCAUGAACACCAUGAGCAUUUUUCGCCUGAAUCCUAUUCCGGCCCUGUUUACACUGAAUACCCGUCAGAAGGUGGGCCCUACCCAGCUGCAGUAAAGCGAACCCAGAAUUUUGAUAUGAGUGGUGGAAGACAAAUGCCAAUACGAGUGGAUAUAGAAGAUUUAGCAUUCCGGGUCCUUGGUGUACACAGUGAUGUCUGCAGAAGACGAUUUGUUUGUGAGAUGGACGAAAAAACGAACGCCAGCAGCUUCUUACAAUUUAUGUUCAAGAUGAUCAGUAAAGGAAUGUUUGAUAGAUAUCGUGACAAAAAUAACAAACCCAAGGAUUAUGAAGAUUGUCGAAGAUUAUAUUCAAAAUGUAUGGGAGAUAAUGUUUUUACAUACGAAACGGGAAAUUCAACGACUACAUACGAACACAAUGUCAACAAAGUUGAUACAGAGAUUGAGAAUGAUAUUAUGCAAAAUCAAAAUACAACCACUGCUAAGUAAUAUAAGUAUCGACUGACUAUAAUUAGUGUGAAUACUACUACUAAUACACUACACUUAACCUCUUAACUUAAAAUGACGAGCAUA